GACAGCUGGUGACAUGGGCUGUCGACCACCGUCACCUGAUAAGGUGUUUCACAAUAUUUUGCGGCGAUGCACGCCAUAAUGAAGAAAUACAAAGUGAGGUAGUGGAACACAUUGCGCGACCGCGACCCAAAAUGAAUAAUGGUGACGAGCCAUGGACGUUGUACUCGGCCUCCCAACACCUGCCCGCCGUCCUCAACGAUCCGAACCGCGGCAAGCAGUCGAAUUUCUUCACGAAAACGUGGGGCGACUCGUUCGUCGAACGGGCUGACAUACCCAAGAGUCCGUUCCUGCCGGAGAUUACCUACGCGCACCUCGACUCCUACAUCAGGAAGUAUGGCAAGCGGUACAAACGGCACGUGCGACUCGCCCAGGCCAAGCUCGACGCGAACAUCAAGACGAAAAGCAAAACGGAUCUGUUGAACAAUGAGAUCAGCAUUGACACCAUUCCUGAGAUAUUCCUUAAGCAAACGUUCAAUCUGAACGAUCCCAAAGUGUUUGUGCAAGUGUUCCAUCAGAACGAAAACAAAGAUGAACACGCGCUGCAGGAGGAACUGGGCAACUAUCUGGACAUUGUGGAGGUGCAAAUUGCCAAACAAGUGUCACAGAAAUCGGGCGCUUUUUUUCACGCCAUGACUUCACAUGACACCAUAAUGGAACAGAUGAGAGUGGCCAGUACAGAAGUCCGACAGUUGAGGAGCAAAGUUCAGAAGGUGGAUAAGGCCCUAGCCAAAGAUUCGCUAAAAUUAAUUGGAUUGGCUAGGAGUAAAUCAAAUCAUGUAGCUUUGGUGGAUAAGUUGAAACUCAUGUCGACUGUGUUGCAAACACAGCCAACAUUACAAUUAUUGUUGAGCUCUUCAGAUUAUGUUGCUGCUCUGGAACUGAUAUCCAGCACUCAGGAAGUUUUGGCCAGAGAAUUAGCAGGUGUGACCAGCUUGCGAUACCUCCCGUCUCAAUUGAAAGAAAUGAUGAAACUGAUCGACAAAAUGCUGAGUACCGAAUUCGAGAGAUACGCCGCUGCCGACCUGCACAGGCCUUUCGACGUUGACGGCGGAGUUUUAGAGCCGGAACGACUGGUGAGUCUCGUGGCCGGUCUGUUGAGGGAGAAACAUCUGCAAUUCCUCGAAACGUACAAGCAGGAAGCCAUAACUGCGGCGCAAGCCCUGCUCAAGCAACUCAUGAUCGAACAGUUGGCGGACGCGGAGGAGGACCUGGAAAGCCUGACGGGAUCUGGAGAGGUCGCGCCCACCAUGGACGCGGCCCACUGGCUCAGGGUGCUCACAUUGGCUAGCGCGGCUCUCGGCAAACUGGUGCAUAGGGUGAAGGCGGUGCACGACGUGAUCAAAGAAACGACAGCAGUCAGUGCCGGCCUAGUCUCCACGCCCGACGACACCGAAAGCUUCCUCACGCUGGAGGAGCACGGUAGAGUAGAGGCGAAGCUUAAGGAAAUCCUGGUGUCGGUGUGCGACUACUGCAACGAACGGCUCGCCUCCAUCGUCAGCACGCAGUCGGACAAGCAGGCGAUCACGUCCGUGCAGAUCACCGAGUUGUCGACCAUCGUGGAGAAUUUCACGGAGAUGUGCGAGAGCGUGUGCGGCAGACAGAGUCCGGCACUGAAGGCCGCCUUCAAGAUCCAGGCGGGGAAUUACGUGCACAAGUUCCACAGCCAGCGCAAGAACAAGCUGACGCUGUUGUUGGACGCGGAACGGUGGAAGGUCGCCGAAGUGCCUAACGAAAUUCAAAUACUAGUCGAUAAAUUAGCCUUAGGAACGGUAAUGAAAUCGUUGCCGGGCUCGCCGAUCGAGGACGGCACCCGCCACAACUUCGAAUCCAAGCCGUCCGCGUCGCUGACGGUCGGCUCGCAGGAGUACAUGACGGUGGGCACGGCGCUUAUACUGGUGCGAUUGGUGAGCGAGUACUGCGUCUGCGCGUACGAUCUGCAGAUGCUCGCGCCCACCGUGGGGCGAAACCUGGCCGAACUUUUACGAACAUUCAACUCGCGCAGUUGUCAGCUGGUGUUGGGUGCCGGCGCUCUUAAAACGGCCGGUCUGAAGACUAUAACCAGCACAAAUUUGGCGUUGGCCUCCAGGUCGCUGCAGCUCAUAUUGUGGCUGAUCAACAACGUGAGGGCGCACUUUAACGCCCUCACGACAGAUCCGAUAAGUAGCUUCGACAUCGUGGAGAAGGACAUCGGACAUCAUAUCCAGCAGCUGGAGACGAAAGUGCUGACCAUCAUGCACACUUUACUAAGUGAUCAGCUGGCGGAAUGGGACGCGAAACCUCCCGUUCCGUCGAAGCAGUUCAGGAAUAUUUCCAGACAUUUGACGAAAUUGCACGAGGCUGUUAGUUGUGUGUUACCGAUCGAACAGGUUAGCGAUAUUUACGAAACGAUACACAAGAAUUUUAAGACAAGGUUAAGGGAUCAGUUGAUUCGAAUGAACAUACAAAAUAACGGUGGACCCCAGCACGGCGUUGUGACCACCGAAACCAUUUUCUAUUUGGAAACGAUGAAAAACCUGAAAGUAUUGUCUGAGAAGUAUUUGAACGAUAAGGCCAUGGAUGAUAUUUGGGUGCGGUAACGAUAAAACUGAAUAUUACGUGUAGGCUUUUGUAUAUUAUAUAAUAUGUAUGAUAAAUCAAGAUGUGUGAUUGCAGUAUACCGUUUUUUGUUAUUUUUCAAUGCUAUGUAAAUAAAAUAAUAUUAGAUUUU